GUGGCGUGGCGGCUGCCCUCAGUCUUCAUUUAGCCUUCAGCGCCCACCGAAGCGGAGAGGUCGAGUUGGCUCGGCGCUUAACCAACGUUGCCUUUUUCGGCUGUACACGUGCUCCGAGUGCUUCCCUACUCCCGCCAUGAUUGUGCCCUCCGUGCUCGCGGCCGUGGCCGCGCUACUGGCUGCCGUCUGGUACUACUUCACACGCAACUUCAGCUACUGGACUGACAGGGGCAUCGUGUCCUGCAACCCCUUCUCGCUGACAGGCGACGGUGGCGGCGGCCUGCCCUUCGGCAAGCCUUUCUACGAGCUGCUCACGCCCAUCUACCAGAAGUACAAGGGCAAGGAGCGCUUCGUGGGCACGUUCCAGGCGCGGCGCCCAGUCCUGGUCCCCAUCGACCCGGAAGUCACCAAGGCCAUCCUCACGAAGGACUUUAGCCAUUUUCACGGUCGCGGCAACCCCACUGACGAGAGUGAUCCUUUCAGCCAGAACCUUUUCUUCCUAGAAGGCGCACGAUGGAAAAACCUAAGGAUGAAGCUGAGCCCCACUUUUACCUCGGGCAAACUCAAGGGCAUGUUUCCCUUGAUGUCCGGCAUCACCGAUCAACUGAAUGAGGCGGUGCGGGACAAGGCCGCGAAGGCUGACAACGAGGUGGAGUUCAAGGAGCUGCUAACCCGCUACAGCACGGACGUGAUCGGGUCGGUGGCCUUCGGCAUCGACUGCAACACGGUCAGGGGUGAGAGCGACGAGUUCUACCUCAUGUCGCGCGAGCUGUUCAGCCGCAACCUGCUGGGUCUCUUCCGCUUCUUCCUCGUCUCCAUCCACCCCGUGUUCGUCAAGCUGCUCCCCUUCCGGACUGUCUUCAGGGGCAUGACCACGUUCUUCCUCUGCCUCAUGAAGGAGACGGUCGAGUACCGCGAGAAGAACAAGGUGGAGCGCAACGACUUCGUGCAGACUAUGAUGCAGCUGCGCGCCGAGGACCGCGGCCGCAGCAUGCUGGACCGCGCCAGCCACGUGGAGUUCAACAACGAGACCAUGGCGGGGCAGGCCUUCGGCUUCUUCCUGGCCGGCCUCGACAACAUUUCCAACACGACAUCAGCUGCAAUAUAUCUAAAGAAACCUCUUCAGGCUAAACAGUUUUACAAAAUAUAACAAUACAACAAAAAGAUGGACCCACCAGACACAGUAAGUAUUAAAAAAUUUUGAAAUAAAAAAAAUUGUUAAGGUACAACAUACUCCACAGAGUUAGCCCACAAUUUCUGCUGGAGCUUAAUCGGAAGGGUUAUAGUGUUUUCUGUAGCUAUAAUAACUGAGGUCCUAAAAAGGGUUUUUUAGUCAAACUAAACCUAAAAAGUCUACUUCAUGAAGCCAACGAAGACCUACGCCCACAAAGUUAGCUCAAAUUUGGUAACGAAGUCUUCUAAGAACGCUUGUAGAGCUUCCCCCGGAAUCCUGGAGUUCUUGCCGGCUACCACGAGGAGCACCUCACCGACAACCCCAUGUCGUGGCGUGCGACCUCCUAUCGCGGACUUGCAAGGGUCUAACGCUGCCCUGCAAGGGCCUAAACAUCAAGUGCAACGAUCUGGGCGGGGAAGACAGAAAGCGGCAGGUUUGUAGUAUUGCCCCCCCCCCUUCCGUUCCCCAGCGUCCAACACAUACAAACACUCAAGGGCGCCCAUGGUGAGAAAGUGCACCGACCCAAGGCUGCAACAGCUACAGCAGUGAACGACACUCAGUCCAGGUCCGUCAACUCCUUGCCGGCUGCCCUCUGUUCACCGCCCAGACAGACACAGCAGCAGGUAUGGCAAGGAAUAGCCCCUCGGCAGUGUCAUCCACUCCGCUGCCAUCGAAGCCCUGACGGUUGACGUCCGCUGCACACUCAGGUUGUCGACAGCGCAACAACAGGUAGGGCAAGGAGUCACCGCACAGCAGCGUUCUUCACUCAGUGGUCAAUCCUGUUACACGACAGUGCGCGCCAGGACGCGUAGUUGCCUACCCGGCCGGCGCUCCCUCGCACUCACACUCACCUUGGUGGGGUCGAGCAGCGGUCUCUGCGCGGACAUCCGGUGGGGGGUGGGCCGCGAGGCCUGCACCACCGGCCGCUCGUCGUAGUCAUCCUGGUGCUAGUGCUGGGAUAGCGAGGGCGUGGUGGGCGCGGCCUUGGCCUUGGCGCCGAGCAGCUGAGGGCUGCGGGGCAGCACGGGGUUGCUGCCACGGGACGGCAGGAAGGGUCGCCGCUCCACCCGCGGGGCCUGGAUCACGUCGUCGGCCGUCGUGCUCCGCGGCGGCGCCGGCGUGGUCGUGGUCGUGCUGCUGGGAUGCGGCGGCGAGCGCGGCCGCGUCGACGGAUGCGUUGGCAUAGUCCUGGGCGUUACCAGCUACGAAAGGUACUCCUCGUCAUCGUACUACUCCACGUCCUCCUCGGACAGCGGGGCCUGCGUUGUGGUCGUGGACGGCACCGACGGCUUCCUCGGCGACUUUGGCAUGGGUUUGGGUGUCGGCGGGGGUGGUGACGUCGUCGUGGUGAAGGUGGUCAUUGUCGACGUCGUCGCCAGCGUCACUUCGCUGCUGUCGUGCUGCUGGCGGAAGAAACCGUGAGUAGCGAAAAGGGACCGCGCUGCCAUCGAAACCCUGGCGGCUGACGUCCGCUGCACACUCAGGUCGACAAUGAGCGCAACUACAGGUAGGGCAAGGAAUCACCGCACAGCAGCGUCCUCCACUCCGUGCUCAUGAACGACAGGGCGACUGCAACACGCUCUCAUCAACUCUCAGAAAGUCCGCGCCAACUCAAGUAUGAGAUCAAGGUAGAGGCCAAGUGUCGGACUACAUGGCACUGGCUGUAACCUGGGAUAUUUGUCGGAGGGCACAAGAAGCACCUCACCGACAAGACCACGUCGCGGCGUACGGCGGCUUCAUGGACUUGAGAACGCUGCCCUACAAAGGCCUCAAAAUCAAGUGCAACGAUCUAGGUGGGGAAGACGCAAAGAGGUAGGUUUGUGAUACUUUACACCUCGGUGGAGUCGAGCAGCGGUCGCUGCGCAGACGUCCGGUGGGGGCUGGGCAGCGAGGCCUGCACCAACGGCCGCUCGUCGUAGUCAUCCUGGUGCUGGUG